AUUAGAGGGUGAGGAGGGGACGGCACGGAGGAAACGAUAGGGGCUACAAUAAUAGCGGAAUAGCGUGUGAGGGUUGGCGAGUUGGUGGUUAGUACUACGCUGGUAUAGUGGGGGAAGGAGGGAGCGUAGCUUUUUAGCCAGCUUUAACCAAGUUGUGCAGUGUUGCGAAUGUUGGGGGCAUAGGAAGCAGGAGAGCAGCGCAGACCAAAACCAAGGGGACGAGAGCCAUCUCAGCCUCUUCUCGGAGACAAGAGCUUAGGUGAAGAUACGUCGACAGGUGGGUUGGUAGAGAAGGAAAACGCGAUCUAGAACUGCAGACACAACGGCUACGGUAGAAAGAAGAAGAAGAAGAAGUUAACAAAAGAAGAGAGGUAGAGAGAGAUAAGGAUCAGAGUGGGAUCAUCGUGAUGGAAACUGGAGUUGGUUUGGGGGACAAAAGGGAAAGAAAGGAGGAUGAAGAGAGUCUGGGGCUUGGCUUUGGCUGUGGUUCGGAUUCUAUCUCAUUUGCUCCUCAUCAGAAGCUGAUACGCACGGCUGGGUUUCCCUUCCUUUCUUGUACCACCAGGGAUGGAGGCAGCGUUCCAACUUCGACUCCGUUCCUCGGCAGCGGCCCCACCUUAUUUUUGAACGAUGCAUACGAUGGUGGAAGAGCUCUGCAGCCUUUUCCCAUCCCCUUCAGAUCCCCAGGUGUGGCGAUGGGCGUCGGUGGCAGUGCCUCUGCAGCGGCUCUGAGAGCGAUUCCUUUUACUUCGGCGCAGUGGCAGGAGCUCCAGCGCCAGGCUCUGAUCUACAAACACAUCAUAGCCUCUGUUCCUGUCCCACCCGACCUCCUCUUCCCGAGCUCUCCUCCUCAUCACCUUCUCCCAAAUCAAACAGUGGUGGUCGGUAGAGGUUCUGCUGGGGCCUUUAACUUGAGGUUUUCGGGCAACACCGAUCCGGAGCCAGGGAGGUGCCGGAGGACGGACGGGAAGAAGUGGAGGUGCUCGAGGGACGCGGCUCCGGACCAGAAGUACUGCGAGCGCCACUUGCACAGGGGUCGUCCUCGUUCAAGAAAGCCUGUGGAAGUUGGCAAGACCAAACCCAUCACCUCCAAUGCUCCUCCACCCACCGCUGUCUCCACCAACUCACCCACCAUCGUCACCGCCGCGGCCGCCACCACCGCCACCGCCACCGCCGCCGCCACCACCACCAGCAGCCUUUCCAAGCCAUUUCCAUCCCAGUCCUCUGUCUUUUUCCCCAAGGAUGAGUUGAAGUUUCCAUUCCAACCGUUGGAACCAAACAAGGAACCCAGGUGCCUGGAUUGGAUUAAAGGGAAUAAUGAGGAGAUGGAGUCAAGCUUGCAGUGGGAGCUGAUGCAUUCGAAGAUUGGAUUGAGUAGCAGCAGUACUCCGAUUCUCCAGAGCUAUGAUGACCAUCUGAACUCGAGCUACACUGCCUUUCUUAAUCCUGAUUUCUGCUCACUGGAAGAAGACACCAUCGGCGACCAUAGGGAAAUCCCCAGGAGCUUCAUUGAUGCCUGGUCCACCGAGAACCCCGCCGCUGCCACCACCAAGAAUGGCAACUUAACCUCCGUUCCCGCUGGCGGGGAGCUUCCACUCUCGACCCUCACGCUCUCCAUGUCCGGCGUUGAGGAAGGUGGUGAUCAUCAAAUCCAGAUGGGCCUCGGCGUGGGCGAUACGCUUGUUAAGACUCGCCCCUCGGGCUGGAUAGCCCCUGCUUCGCCGCUCGGCGGUCCGCUCGGUGAGGUCCUACAGACGAGCAAUGCGACAUCUCCACGGCAGGGGUUCGUCGCCGAUGAUUGCAGGGAUUCUGGCAGCGGUGGGCUUAUCAACUGUAUGAGCAUUGGCUUUCAUGGCAGUCAAGCGGCGAGCCCCCAAGAGAGUCCGACGAGGUUGGCUUCGUCUCCCUCCGGCGUUCUUCAGAAGGCAAUGGUCUCGCUUUCUGAUAGCAGCAGCAGCAGCAGUCCCACUUUUGCCGCUGCCUCGCGAUCCGAGAUUGCUCUGCAGUGGAUGAACCAGGCGAAGCAGCAGUAGAAUUCUCUAUCGAGACUGGGACUGUUGGGUUUCUUCUUUGUUUCUUGCAGUUUUGCUUGUUUCUUGUUUUAUCUUGUUCUUAUCGUCGUCGGGUUAACAUGUUCUUGCUCUCUUGUGCUGUGUCGGAGUGGAAACAAUGGCGGAAGACUGGUCUUCUGUUUGCUUCCUGACUUGGGUCUCCAUGGAGCUCGUGGGAAACCAAAUCGGAAAACAGCUGAUGCUCGGUUUUAAUCUAUGCAUGGUGUUUGAAAUUUAAAUCCCGAGAAGUUAAAGGAAAAAACGUAAGUGUGAUUUGAUUCCCUCGAGAACAAUAUUUGUAGAAUUAUAAAAGAAAACAAAUUGAUCGGAAAUACUAUUAUGGUUUGUAAUUUCUGGCUGCAGGGUUUAUGGAUUACCAUCUUUUUUUGACGCAA